AUGGACGCCUCAGUGCCCACCCUUUUUUACGAAAGAUCAUUUGCUUUGCUGUUUGAUCAGCUGCCGCUGCGUCUUUCGCAGCCCGCCGAAAAGGUAUGGCUCCUCGCAGCCAGUCUCCUCUUUAAGCUUCUCUGCGAAGCAGCAGCAGUGGACGAAGCGCCGGGCGAAGUGCUGCGGGCGCUGACUGCCAGCUUUGGCUCCGAAGACAUUGAAAGAGUGUCCCCGGUGAUGCGCCAAGACCCUGAGUAG